CGCAGCACUGGGUUAAGGCUCCAGGAGCCCCCUCCCCAAUGUGAUCCCUUCCCCGGAGCAGCAUCUCCGCCCUUCCACCUUACUCCCGUGGCUUUAGUGAGGAGCUGGCCCGGGCCUGUCUCCUCGCCCGGCUCUAACUGCACAAGAGGACCCUAGCCAGAGAGUUGCCGGGCCCCGCCCCGCACUGUCCCGCCUCUGGAGUUAAGGAGUGUCGCAAUAGUUCGGGGGGGGGGAGUAAAUUGCACCCAUUCGUUCAGAAAGGUGUUGGCUAUAUCACGGCAUGCGGGUCAUCCGUACCGAUGCCAGCAGUGGGGGCGCUCCCAGCUCUUCUGCUCCACCGCCCGUUUCCUACGGGCCAGACACCGGAUUAUUCGACAGAGGCUACGCGAGCUCUUGCUCUGCCAUGCUGAAAGUGGCCCAAAUGUUAUUGUUGCUGAUUGGAUUCAUUUGUAUAAGAUCUUCACAGUGGACAGAUCACAGUGCAUACAGCUACUUUGAAAUUGUCUGCAUAUGUGACUUAAUUAUGAUCUUCAUCUUUUACAUUAUCUACAUCUUUAGAGCCUAUCGAAAGUUGACUUGCAUUAGCUGGCCUCUUGCGGAGUUUCUCCAUUACCUAAUCGGUACUAUUCUGCUUCUUAUUGCAUCCAUUGUGGCAGUUGCCAAAAGCUCCAAUUCAGCAGGCCUGGUAGCUGGAGCGGUCUUCGGAUUCUUAGCUACAUUUAUGUGUUUCCUAAGUAUAUGGCUCUCUUACAAAGUCUCUUGUAAUACUCAGUCAACAGGUAAGAUCCCAAUGAAUCAGUUUCACCAACCAGCUCUGUGUUGCCCAUUUUCUUUGCAUUAUUUAGUCCAUAGAAAGAUCCAUUAUGUUAUUAGUUUGAUUCUAUGAUCUAUUUAUAUUUAUUAUUUAAUUUGGGGAACGAUAGGGAAUUGAUAGUGAUCUGUUCCGCUUAUAUAUUUAUUAGAUCUAUAGAGCAAAUGAAAGUAACAUGUUCUUCGCUCAGGCAGCUAAGGGUGGCAUGCACAGUAUUUUCACUUUCAAUUUUAAAACAACCUAAUGGGAAAUAUUGAAAUAAAAGACAAUGACAUAUUUAAGGCCAUCCAAUCACUUCCAUCAUGACUAUGUGUGAUAUAAAUCUGGCCUUACUAAAUUCUGACUUGGGAUCCUAACCACUAUUCCAAUUUUGCUCUUAAAAUAAUAAUCAAUGGAAGAAAUACUUUGGCAAUUUUGCACAUAUUUUCAUUGCUGAUUUGGCCUGUGUAGAGAAUAGCCAGAAACAUGAGGGUUUUCUCUCUAGGUUAUAUUGUAGUCUGGCAGUGACACUGUAAACUGUUCUGGUCUAAGAAAUUUGUUCUUAUUUCCUUCUGCUCUAUGCAGAAUUCUGCAAUCUUCUUGUAUGUUCAAAAUUUACAAAACAAGAUUGAAGUAUGUUUGAUAGCUGUAGAAUUCAAGAUGUAGCUUUAUUGCCAAGCAAUUUAUACUUCGUUUGUUAGUUAUUCAAAAAAUUUGCAGUUUCUUCACUGAUCUCCUUUAGGUUAAGAUUUUCUUGACCAACCAGGAUAAACUCAUAUCCCAAAUUUCCCAUCUCACAUAUAGCUAGCUGAUUUUUUUUAUUUGCAAUAUUUCAGCAAGUGAUUAUUUUAUCAAUUAAAGUAUAUUUUUGCAUCAGUUGUAUUAAGCCAGGACAAAUGGUCUAAAAAGAUUUAUUUAAAAAGUUGAUUUAUAACUAAGUGGGUAAUCUUAGAACUUUAAGAUGUAUUACUUCUGUCUUCUUGUAAUAUUAGAGAAAGCUCCAUUAUGUUUUGCUAGUUAAAUAUAAUAAACAUUUCAGGUGCAGAUAUCACAUUUCUAUCACAUACUUAUGGGCUCAUCACACUCCAGAUUUUAAUACAGGCAAAAUUCACAUUUGGCUGAUUGUCUUUCACCCAUCGUCCGAUUUGAUGGAAGGCAUAUAUGCUACUCUAAGGUUUUCCUAUUUGAGAUAUUUUGGAAGCCUUAAAUUUAAUGAGACAUUUACCAUUAAAACUCCAGUAUGUUGAUUUUAGUCUUUUCUCUUCUCUCCUAUUAUUUAGAUGCUACCAUGUGAGCCUUUUCUACUUCAAAAUGUGCACACAUGUUGAGGGAAGAUACAACAGUCUGAUUUCAGUGGCUCUGAAAAACGUUCUUACUGGGCAUAGAGUGCCCUCUUCUGGCACUUUUGAGAUACUUCUUGGGCUACCGCAGCCUGUUCCAUCUGCUCGUAUUUCUUGGAUCCUCUGAGACAAGAAGGGCGGGCUGUAAGAAAAGAUCCUGUGGGAAGGAAAGGAUCCGUCUUUUAAACAAAGAAAAAUGAUCCUCUUUUAAUUCCAGCUCCCAGUAUUUCAUGGAUUGUAGACCAAUUCUUUAUGACUGCUAAGGGGAAUCCAAAUUAAAAAAUCAAAAUGGAAAAUAUAUUCUGCGUCAAUCCAGCUAUGACCAGAAAAGUUGGAAACAGUCACUAUGAACUGUUGCAUCUCAGAAAAUGUUUUCUCAUCUCUCUGCAUUUCCUGCCUUUUAAAAUGGGCCUCUCAUUUAACCAGCCGUGAAUAUAAGUUUGCUUUUUAUGCUUAAUAAUAUUGUUUAAGAUGGUUCCACCCCAAUGUUUGGAUUGUGCUGCCCGUAAUUCACACUUUUUUGGUGCAAAAUUUUAAAUGUUCUUGUUCAACCAUACAAUUUAAAUUUUACAUUCUUUUGAUUUGUUUGGUUAGUUUUCAUUUCUCUUACUAUAUAUUUUUAUUAUAUUUUUAUAACUGUAUGCCUAUCAAUAUAAGGUCCAUUGAGAAUGAAGAAUGUUUACUAAAAAUCCACUACAUUCUAGUGUUCCUUUUUCAUGUUGUGAUACACUAUAUAGUCAAUUUAUACUUAUUUUAUUACUAAUGUACAUGAAAAUACAAUUCUCUAUUAUUAUCACAGAAGCAGUGUCAAAUUAUGUAGAAUGGGUGAAAGAAGAAUUCAAUAUAUAUUAGUGGAGAGAAUGAAAAAUAGCUAUAUUGAUUUAUUUUUUAAUACUAUUAUGCAUUUAUAAAUUUACACAUAAUACUUAGGGAAAUUUCUAGUAUAUCUAUUCUAAAGAAAGUAACUAUUCUGGAAAAUACAAUUUUACUAAGAAUGCUGACUACAUGAAUGCAUGAAUGAUUAUUUUGGCAUUAGGAUGUGUAGAUUAAUUUAUUUUCUUUUUCUAAUGAUUUCUCUUGAUGAAAUUCUUUAGCUUUAGAAUAAAACAGCACAACAUAUAGGGAAGACUGGGUAAAUGACAGUCUGCAAUGUGCUGGGAGAAAUUUAAAUUUUUCAGUAGAUAUUAGCUCCACAAAAUUUAGAGAGCAAUACAUGAAAAAAGAGCCAUACAUGAAACUAUCCCCGUCUGAAAGAAUAGAAAUAUCCUUACAGCUUAAAAAAGGGCCUGCCUAGCCUUGAGGCUUGGGGAAAGAGUCAGGUUUUUAAAGAAUGAUUACCUGCACCAUUGCCUUCUCUCCAUUCAAUGCACUUAGUAUUUUGAUUCUGAAUGACAAAAAUCCUAGCUAAUAUUUUUAUACAGGUCAAAAACUUCCUGACGAAGCACCAGGUGCCUUAACUGAAUGUAAGAUCUCUCUCUCUUUUUUUUGUGGCUGCCUAAGUAACACACAAUGCAAAAUGUGUAAAACUGUUUAUUCAAUUUUAUGCUGCUAACUUUAUUGGUUAACAGUUAGCUGGCCAAGUGCUUUUACAUAUUGUGAGGUAGCCAAAUGCUGUUCAAAGCGGAUAAUAUAGGUCCUACCUGAUGACUUACAAGUUAGUUUGACUUAGAUGAAGCUCAGGUCAUAUUAUAGGUUAUAGACCUGGAUGCCUGAUUAGGAUUCCAGAAUACUGAUAAUGGGACCAAAGGUUUUAUUUUUAUCACUAAAAACUUACAGGUAUGAAGGGAAAAUCAAUAUAUCUAUCUCUGGGAAGGCUUUGCCUUCCAGAAGCUAAAUUCCAUCAUUAUGGAGAAGGAUUUUAAAUUGGAGCCCAAGAGUAUUUCAAGGAUAAAUAAUAUUUCAGCCUCAAAUAUCCUUUAAACUUUUUUUGAUACUAAUUUUAUUAGACCUUACAAGUGAAAAAAAAAAUAAAAACUAUAGAUGAAAAAAUAAGUGAGCAAAAAGAAAAAUAGCACAAAAAAGAAAACA